ACACCAAGGACUUGGUCUGUUCAGAACACUAACGUUUUGAACACAGCUACUCAGCAUUACGUCAUUCCCAUGCGCGUCUGACUGCACAAUUGAGGACAGCGUGGAGCACCUUGGUAGAAUGCUUCUUCUAACUCUGUUGUUAACUUUCCAUCUUUUUUGGGGCACUCGAGUUAAUUCUGCCCCGCCUACCUGUACGCAGACCCAGUUCAUGUGCAGAAACGGGCGGUGCAUCCCCGACCUUUGGGUGUGUAAUGGGGACAGAGACUGCGAGGAUGGCAGUGAUGAAGUCCACUGCAGGAAGCAGACAUGCCCAGGGUUUAUGUGUAAAGACGGCGGCUGCAUUGCCCAGAGCGCCCUUUGUGAUGACAUCAUGGAUUGCCGCGACGGCUCUGAUGAGUUAUCAGAAAACUGUGGUUUACGUCAAUGUAAGAAGGAUGAAUUUUCCUGCUCCGACAGGCGUUGUUUAUCCCUCCGCUUCCGCUGCGACGGCAGUGACGACUGUGGGGACGGCAGUGACGAGGCCUCCUGUCAGGACUGCGCGGCUGACUGGUUUCCAUGUGAGCCGGCAGGGAUGUGUGUUCCCAGGGCUAAGCUGUGUGAUGGAAGACCUGACUGCCCUCUUGGGCAGGACGAGGGCGCUGACUUGUGUCCCUCUAGCCCACCCACGAGCCCUCGCACCUGUGCCGGCUUUGAGUUCAGCUGUGGGGAUGGCCAGUGUAUUCCACACUCCUGGAGGUGUGACCACUCGACUGACUGUGCUGACAACAGUGAUGAGGACAACUGUGGUCAGAAUGAGUGUCUGGUGAAUAACGGCGGCUGUUCUCACCUCUGUGUGGACCUGGCGAUGGGCUUCCUCUGUGACUGCCCUGCUGGCAUGCGGCUGGUGCAUGACGUCCAGUGUGAGGAAACCGACCUGUGCCUUGAUACUGACGUUUGCAGUCAGCUAUGUAAACAUGUCAACGGAACUUUCCAAUGUGGAUGCCAUGAGGGCUACCUAAUGAGUCCAAGGACAGGGGAGUGCAAGGCGAAAGGUACCGUUGCGCAGUUAGUGUUCAGCAGUUCCGGGGGGGUACGGCGUGUCAACGCUGCUGGAAUGGAGUACAGGGAGGUUGAUGCCCACCUGCAGGGGCCAGGCCCUUUGGCAGUCCUUACUGCAGAUCGCUCGCUCUUCUGGGCAAGGCCUGGACAAGGCUCUAUUUACAGGAUCUCGAUGGAUGGGGAGACCCGGGAGUCUGUCCUGCUGUUAAAAGGCCUUGGUUCUGUCCUGGGCAUGGCUGUGGACUGGAUCCAUAAGCUGCUCUACUGGACCAACACAAACACUCACUCGGUCAACGUGGCCCGACUGGAUGGUUCUGCCGGCCGCCUCCUGAUUGGAGGACUGGCCAAGCCCACUGCGGUUGCUGUGCAACCAUUGUUGGGGUUCCUGUUCUGGGCAGAAAGUGGAAGCUCUUCAAAGAUUGGACGUGCUGGCCUGGAUGGACAAGCCCGGCUGCCACUUAUCACCACAGCUAUAUGGAAUCCAGUCGCCAUCUCUCUGGACAUGCCCCGGGAACUCCUGUAUUGGGUCGACUCAGGGCUGCGCACCAUCUCGAGAGUUGGGUUCGACGGGAAACAUCGCAAGGUGGUGGUGGAGUCUAAUGGAUACCUGGACAGGCCCUUGGGGUUGGCAGUAUUUGAGGGCCAUGUUUACUGGAGUGAACAGGCCACAAAGACCAUCUGUAGUGCUAGCAAGCACAAUGGCAGCCUCUUAAGAGUCAUCCUUCCUAAUGUUGCUUCCCCAGGCAGCUUGGUUUUUGUUCACCCAGUUCUUCAACCAAAAGGCACUGCAGUGUGUGGAAAUGAUGGCAGAGUUUGUCCAUAUGAGUGUGUGCCUGACCUUUUCUCUGGAACAAGCUCUCCCAGCUUCUCCUGCGUUACUCCUACAGGGGGUAGCAAUGAUGUGAUUUUUCACAACAGUUCGGCCCCGGCACGCUCUGAAACAACUUAUGCUGGACUCAGUUUGCUAAUAGUGGCCCUGAGUGUGCUUUUAGCGGGGGUGGCAUUGUGGUGGUGGAGGCAGGAAUUAAGGCCCUCCAGGACACCCACCCUCCAAAACCUCUCCAUGAAAGAGUCCCAAGACCCCCUUAUCCAGGCACCAGCCAUGGGCCCGGAGACUUGUUCUGUCAAGGAUACUCUGCUUAAGCUGGACCUGGACUGCGACUGAUUGUCCCUUGCGUAAGCAGGGCAGGUGUUCAGCGGUGCUCCUGCUGCCACUCUUCCUGGUGCCAGCAGGCCUUGGAUUCUCCUCCGGUCAUCUGGCAAAAGGGGGUGGGAGGAGGAGAGGAAGCUUCUUACUGCACAUCCCCAUGGUGACCUAGUGUUCUCCUGGGACCUAAUUUAACCUUGAUGUUGAUUUUGACUUGUAGCCAUUUAAGGCCUGGAUCAAAUCCACUGAAGGCUGCACAAGUUGACUCGAAGAUGACUUCCUCAACUUGAUUGAUCCCCGCCUUAGUGGUCAUUUUGCAUAUGAAUGACACUUGAGCCGGUGUCCAGUCUGUUUCAGAUACUGUGCCCGUAAUUCGUACACUUGAAUGUCUUUUUGCACUCACUCGACGGCUGUAUGGUACACAUUAUGAGCGUUUGCAUUAUAUAUCCAUAUCUUUAUGUACAUUGUUGAUUCACACAGAACAUGAAUCACUCCAUUUGACGUGAUUUAUGCAAAAAUGCUGAACUAUCAAAUAGUAUUGUAUGCAAUGCAUUGUGGUUGAUUCGUCAAGAAUUAUAAGAAUAUUUUAAGAUGUUUUGCGAUCAGCUGAAGUUAAGUAUUUUCACUGUAACCUCUAAGGGGGUAUAUAAUGUGGCUCUAACAGUGAAAAGCACUGAUUCCACACUAAUCUACUUCUGGGGUGCCUUGAUAUAUAUGAUAUAUUAUACAUGAUUUAGUGC